UUCUUUCUGCUCAAACAGACGAAGAAGGUAUAGGCGAAAGGAGAUGGAGAAUUAUGGGGGAGGGAACUGGACAAUGAUCCCCAACAUGCAGUCCCAGAGUAACCCCUCUACACCCUCAAAUCAGGACCAUCUAUUCCUCCAACAACAACAGCAGCAAUUCAAUCAACAACACCAGUUCCAACACCAAUUUAAUCAGCAGCAGCAGCGUCUCCAGCAACAACAGCCUCCGCCGCCGCCGCCGCAGCAACAACAAUCUCUCGCCUCUCAUUUUCACCUGCUCCAUCUGGUUGAGAAUUUAGCUGAUGUAACUGAAAAUGGGACAAGGGAUCAGCAAACCGAUGCACUGAUUGGUGAGUUGAAUACACAGUUCGAGAAGUGCCAGCAGUUGUUGAACACCAUCGGGGGGACGAUUAAGGCCAAAUCAACGACUGUUGUGGAACAGAAACAGAGACUGGAGGAAACCGAUAACUUACUCGCUCAAAGACGGGAUCUUAUAUUGAAGUUCAGAAAUUCAGUUGAAGAGCUUAACAAUUCUGAAAUAUAAGUUCCUGUAUGAACGAACCCUGUCCGAAGCAGUCCCCCUCGAAAUAUUUAGUAGACAUGAGAUUGAACAACACACUACUCCCACAUUUCAAAUUUGACAUGCACUGAAACAAAGAUUUACGAUUGCCUUACAAAAAAUGUUGAUUAGGUCUAGUUAGAGUGGCGACGAUGAUUAUAUCCAAAACCUUUUGUAGUUGGAAGCUUCAGGGAUGAGGUCUACUUCCAACGUGUCGAUUUAUCAAUGAAUUGUAAUUUAUAGCAUAUGCGUUAUUGAUGCAAUUCAUAUUAUGUGAAUUAUGUUUUAAUUAUAAAUAUUGUGUAUUCUGUAAUGUUUUGUUUACUAUAACUUAAUAAUUUCUUUACUAUAUUUGAUUCGAUACAAA